AUGUCGUCAAGAAAGAAGAAUAUAUUAAAAGUUAUCAUUCUCGGUGACUCCGGUGUCGGUAAGACAUCAUUGAUGCACAGAUAUGUUAAUGAUAAGUAUUCUCAACAAUAUAAGGCCACUAUAGGAGCUGAUUUCCUUACCAAAGAGGUUGUUUUAGAUGACGAUAAGGUGGCAACAAUGCAAGUUUGGGAUACUGCUGGUCAGGAACGCUUCCAAUCACUUGGAGUAGCUUUUUACCGAGGUGCAGAUUGUUGUGUGUUGGUUUACGAUGUGACGAAUGUCAAGUCCUUUGAGAAUAUCAAAUCAUGGAGAGAUGAAUUUCUUGUUCAUGCCAAUGUUUCCUCUCCAGAAACGUUCCCUUUUGUCAUUCUAGGUAAUAAAAUCGAUGUCGAAGAGUCUAAGAAGGUAGUUAAUACAAAAUCCGCUCAGGACUUGGCCAAAUCUCUAGGAAACGUCCCACUAUUCUUCACCAGUGCUAAAAAUGCGAUUAACGUUGAUACAGCCUUUGAAGAGAUAGGACGUAGUGCUUUACAGCAAAACCAAGCCGAUGCAGAUGCUUUUGAAGAAGAUUUCAACGACGCAAUAAAUAUCCAGUUGGAUGGGGAACCAAGCUCCUGUAGUUGUUAA